AUGUGCCACCGCCUAGAAGAAUGCCAAAGCCAUGAACUCGCCUUUGGGACGCUUGUGCUGCCAGAAAUCCUUAAAAUCGCAGUCUCGUACGAUUUUGUUCGACAUAGUGUUUGCACGCUUGGUGCUCGCCAUAUGGCCCUGCUCACUCGUUCGGCAUCGAUGGUAUACGUGGAAUAUCAUCACAGGGGGCUAGCUUUGAAAGGCCUUCGUCAAUGUUUAGAGAACUUCUCCGAUGAGCAUAUUGAGGCAGUAAUUGCUGCUUCGCUUUUGCUUUCUUGGCAGGCUCCUAAGAGUGACGAAUAUGCGCACACUAUGCAAGGGAUCUGUUCGGUCUUGCAUCAAGUAAAAGCCGAGAACUGCCGUUCUACCUUUUCGCAUCUCCUUCUUCCGGCGAAGAAUACUGAGGUCGCUGCUCAACUAGCGCAGAUGGAUCCUGACAUUUUGCUUGACCGAGCCAAGCAGGUCAUAUCUGAAAUGCAGCAAACCUUGGGCAGAUCCGAGAGCUAUCGGGGUAUCAGCUUAGGGAUUAAAGAACUCAAAAUCUACAUCACCAACUUGCGUAUGCAAGGUUCGAAUCCACCAUCGACGCAUCGGCAGUUGACGACGCUAUUUCCCAUCCGAAAUUGGAUGUUUUGGAUCCCCAAUGCCUUCGAACAGCUGGCACAAAAGGAUCCUUUCACGAUGCUUUUCUUCGCCUGUUACGAGAUGAUACAUCUAGCAAUCGCUCCUCUGUUGCCGGCAGGAAAUCUACCACUUGCCUUGUCGAUCCGGCCCAAAUUCAUUGAGCGAAUCAAUUGCGAGUUUUUGGUUCUUGCACAGUCUGUGAUGGUAGCCAAUCAAUUUCCCUUGGAGGAUGUGACUUCUACCCUGCAGCUUUUCAGGAACUUGAUGGCCGGCCCGCUCCGAUACGCCAAGCUGUACAAUGGUCCCUGA